UUUGGCAAACAUCCUUUGCUCGCUCUCUUUUCCCUACACAAUGGCUGACGCCGAACAAACCUCCAAGGGCUCUAAGCGCACCUUCCGCAAGUACUCGUACCGUGGUGUCGACCUCGACCAGCUCCUCGAGCUUAGCUCCGAGAAGCUGAUCGACCUCGUCCACGCCCGUGCCCGCCGUCGCUUCCACCGCGGUCUUAAGCGCAAGCCGAUGGCUCUCCUCAAGCGCCUGCGAAAGGCCAAGAAGGAGUGCCCCGCUCUUGAGAAGCCCGCUACCAUCAAGACCCACCUCCGUGACAUGAUCAUCGUCCCCGAGAUGAUCGGCUCGGUCGUCGGCAUCUACAACGGCAAGGUCUACAACCAGGUCGAAAUCAAGCCCGAGAUGACUGGCCACUACCUCGCCGAGUUCUCCAUCUCUUACAAGCCCGUCCGUCACGGCCGUGCUGGUAUUGGCUCCACCAACUCGUCCCGCUUCAUCCCCCUCAAGUAAAUUUAGCUUGAUUUUGUUGAAGCAGCGCUGUUGCUGGUGUUCUUGUCCUUGAGCUUGUAACAGCGUUUUGUCCCAAGAAAACCAUUGGUACUUUUGAUUCC